GCGCGGGUGAACACUGUCGGACCGACAGUCCUUCCGCGGAUUGCGGAGGUCGUGUUGUCGAAGCGUUGUUGUCUCAUGCGCUCGUCUCGGCGUUGUUCCUUGUCCUCCCAGUUCCAGCCAGUUCCCGAAUCGGUGUGAUUCUCUCGCGAGACAUUCUUGCUCGUGAUGAACUCUCGUGAACGCGGCACAAGCGUAGAGUACGCGCACCCAGAAAGAGGGAUGGGAAACCGGGGGAGAGAGAGAGAUGCACGCGCACACACGCGCGCACCCAGCGAGGAGUGAGAGACGAGUAGGAGCAGCGCAGGAACUGGUCGCUACCACUCGCUCAUCGACGCUUCCCUCGACGUCGCCGUCGUGUCACACCGUGCGACGAAAACCUCGUUCGGAUUCUCUCGCGUCGUGUCGUGACGCGUCGGGUGGAUGCACCGUCGCGAUACACUCACCUGUCCCUCCUCGCUCUCGCGCUGUCCUUCGGUGAGGUUACCGGUCGCAUCUCUCGAUCGUUGCGUCGCGUCCGUAGGCGCGGUAAUCGCUGGGUGAUCUCACGAGAGCAGAAACUCGAAAGCGGCUCGUUUUCGAAUUUCGAGCAACGUAUGGAUCGCGCGAGCCGCGAACCACCGAAUCAGCGAGCUCGCGACUGCAAAAUCGCGAUUGGCGAAACGAGCGUCACGUGACCGCGACGCGAGGACACCUGAAUUCGGCGCUUACUUCGGAGCGCACUCGGAUCCCUCGGUAGCUUCGCAGCGAACAGUUUCGACCAAUGCGUUGGACGCCUCGAUUCGCGGCAUUCACGCGCCAAGACUCUCGCGUGGACACGGAGACCUGAAAAAGCGUCCUGACGUUUCGGUUCCGGCUCGCUUCGAAUUGAAUCGAUAUUCCGUGAUUGGUGUCCGGAGUAAUCGCGACCUCGUCGCCUUCGACCGGCGCGGCGCUCGAAACGAUGUUUGCUCCGUACUUUUGUCGCGAUUCCUAUAACGAUACAGUUUGCGCAACCGCGUUGGAGUGCGGAGUCACCAUGAAUCUUUAUCCGUGAAUUUUCGUCGUUUAGCUGCUACUGAUGGGACGAGGGACGAGAGUCUCCGUUUUGAAUCGAAUUUCCGUCGUUAACGCGGCAAGGAGUACGGCGUGAAGUGAGUAGCGCCCGCGCGAACACCGCAAAGUCGUGACGGCCAAUCGGCAGACGGGAGACGUGUCACGUGACGCACUUAAAUUUCGUCCAUCCGCUCGUUCGGGCUUUUGAAUGACUCGCCAUUCCGCGUUGGACUCGAAUCGAGUGAGUGCGCUAGGAAAGUGAAAUCGCGCGUGUUCCAGUGCCGCCCGGACUUCGAAUCUCGAUAACGUGUGCUGUCGCAUCAGCGUGCCACGAGUGUUAAUCGUCAGUGCAAUUAGACUGAACGAGUCGUACCACCGUUGUAUCGCACGUGUUUCUUCUUUUCGUCACCUUCUCGGAACUCGGUGGUGUUUGAUCGGCAAUGAUGGCGGAUCGUUUCGUCGCUGCGACGUUCCAUGAAGUCGAAGGACCACGGUACCAAGGCCGAGGUUUGAUCACCAGUCGGCAUUGCUGAUUCGAUCCGAGGCCCGCCGAGACGCGAUUCGUCCUCCACUUCUAGAUGAAUCACCGUGAUCUACAGCAGAGGCAUCGUACGCGAGUGAUCGCACCGAGCAAAUCAUGUACAAGAUACUGCGUCGCGGCUCCGGCCGCGUCUUCGUCCUCUGCAUCGUGGUGCUGUCGCUUCUGCUGUGCCUGUACUACGUCAGCCAGGUCCAGGCACCGUCGACGGGUCAUCCUGCCGCAGCCGCCGCCAUCCUGAAUGAGGAGCUUCGAUACGACCGUAGUCUAACUUCCGUCACGCCGGAUUACAGCGAGUCGCCGGAUGCCCAAGUGUCGCUGGCCACCUGUCCCGUCAUCGUGGCACGACUUGCAGACAUCGAUGCUCAACAGGAGUUCAGCACGUUCGACUUUCAGGUGAGUUUUCUCCGCUUGCUCGUAUCUGGAAAGCACAUUGGCGUUCGAGCCGAUUUCCCGACGUUUUCACCUCGUUCGUUUUGCCGCCUCCUGCUGUUCCACGACUCACACGCGCGUUUUCCAUGGUUUCCUUUUUCUUCCACUUCCGGUGUGCGCGGUAUCUGUUUUUGCACGAUUUCACCUUGUCAGAACGUAACUCGCGAUUUCACUUCUGUAUAAACGAUCGAGAAUUCAGGCGGAUAUUCAAGACAUUAUAUUUGCGUUUUACGUGAUCGGGCGAUGCAUAAGAAAUAAGGAGAGAGGCUUUGUCAAAAGUCUAGUCACGAGAUGAAUAAGUUGCGACGACGAGACAAACGGUUACUUUUGAUCUUCCCGAAAAUCUCAGGCGCAAGUCCAACUUUAAGGUGUAAAUGUGAUUUACAAUAUCAAGAGCUAAAGCGCUAAUAGAUUGAAAGUCGAGCAUGGGCAGCGCCUUUCAUCCCCGAGAUUAUCUUCGGCGUAUUCCCGACGUACGACGAGAUAUUUAUGUUCGCAAAAAGUUUUCGCGGAAUAUACGAGCGGCUAAAUUUCAUACCAAUACCUCAUGGACAGCGCGCCAAGUCCGGUCGUUUUAAAAGUACCGCGUCAUUAGCUGCAAAACUUUGUACGUCCCCCGCGAGAGUCUGCAAACUUCUCUGAUUUAAUGGCCGGCCAUUGUAAUAAGGGGAUUCCUCCAUUUACGAUGUAAUAAAAAAAGUCAUUUUCGAGCAUUUCGAUAGAGCGAUAAUUUCUCAUCUUUGAUAAUUAAUCGAAGAAAAUUUUCGGCCACCGAAAAGAAAUCCAGAAAAUACUACAGGAAUUAAGCUGUUAAUUUAUUGGGCUGUAACAUAUAUUUUGGUAACUGUUUAGAAUAGGACCUUUUUCGAAUUUUUAUAUCUUUUUGCGGCUCUCUUGGUAAAAAUCUUCGUUGUGACUCUAACAGUGAUAAUCACAAUGGUUUUUAUCGAAAAAGCCGCAAAAAUAUCAAAAAAGGCCCUAUUCUAAAGAAUUACCUAUAUUUUUUUAGUGUCUAAUAAUAUGUUGCAACAUAUGUUCGUUAUUAAAAACAUUAAACAAAUGGAACGGAUAUAGUUUGCAACCCAAUAUUUAUACGAGACAAAAUGUAAUGGUGUGCCGUCGGUCGUAUGUGUUGAUCAAUUAUAAGAGAGCGUCGUCGAAUUAGCAUGAUCAAUCGCUAUUUAUUAUUUCUGACGUUCUCUUAAUCGCCACUUUUGAUAAGAGCUACGUUUACCAUUGCAUUAUGCCACCCCUGGUGCGCCUGACAGGCGGAAGCGGAGUCUACAAUUCAAAUCUUCUCGUGUUCGCCUAAUUAUAGAGGAACCGGCCGCCAGUUCUCCGGUGCUCAGCUGCUCGCGGUAGCAAUUUCCGACAUUGUAUACUUGCAGCGGUUUAUAAUCGAGAUGCAAAGGAGCAUUGAUUUCGGUAGCAAGUUAGCAGGCGCAACUUUGUUACAUCGUUUGCGAUAUCGUUCAAGAUCCUAUAGUAUCGUUGCAUGCACUAGAAUGACACUGGGUGACCUGUCAAUUCGAGUAAUAUGUAAAACCACGAGCAGGGAUCGGCAAAAUAUUAAUAAUAAAUUAAUAUUACUUGAGUAUUUAAUUAUUUAUUUAACAGGAAAAAA